GAUUAUGGCCCAGCUGAAAUGGCGGUGCGAAGAAAUGUUUUCUGUGCUAUAGAGUCUGUGUUCCACAUGCAUGGAGCUGUUGAAAUUGAAACUCCAGUAUUUGAGCUAAAGGAAGUUCUGACUGGCAAAUAUGGAGAAGAUUCCAAACUCAUCUAUGAUUUGGAAGAUCAAGGUGGAGAGAUUUUAUCAAUGCGUUACGACUUGACGGUUCCAUUUGCUCGUUAUGUGGCCAUGAAUAAGAUUACAAAUAUUAAACGAUAUCAUAUUGCAAGAGUGUACCGAAGAGAUAAUCCAGCAAUGACGAGAGGACGUUAUCGAGAGUUUUACCAGUGUGAUUUUGAUAUAGCUGGCCAGUAUGAUGCUAUGAUUCCAGAUGCUGAAUGUGUGCAGCUUGUUCACCAAGUUUUAUCAAAGCUAGAUCUUGGUGACUUUACCAUUAAGGUCAAUCAUCGGAAAAUUCUUGAUGGCGUUUUUGGUGCAUGCGGUGUACCAGCAGAAAAAUUCCGCCCGAUUUGUUCAGCUGUUGACAAGCUUGAUAAAUCACCAUGGGAGGAUGUCAGGAAAGAAAUGGUCAUAGAGAAAGGAUUGGAUGAAGAUGUUGCCGAUCUGAUUGGUGAAUAUGUCCAACAGUCAGGUGGAGAAGAGCUUAUAGAGAAAUUGAAAAAUGAUGACAGAUUGAAAGACUCUCCUGUGUCCCAGGCUGGGUUAGCAGAUUUGAAGCUCCUUUUUGACUACUGUAAGGAUUUAGGUGUUGACACAUACUUGGUGUUUGACAUGGGUCUUGCUAGAGGACUUGAUUACUACACUGGCGUAAUAUAUGAAGCAGUCUUGUCUGCGGGUCAAACCAGCAAUGAAGAGGGGACUGUAGGAAGUGUUGCAGGUGGUGGACGAUAUGAUGGCCUGGUGGGGAUGUUUGACCCAAGAAAAAAAACUGUUCCCUGUGUUGGGGUUAGUUUUGGGAUAGAGAGAUUGUUUGCCAUUCAGGAACGUAAGCAACGAGAUGAAUCUGGAAAGAUACGUGCCACACAAACUGAAGUGUUUGUUGCAGCAGCAUGUAAAGGAAUGGUCCAGGAGCGACUAAAGCUUCUUGGACUUUUACAUACAGCUGGGAUUAAAGCUGAAAGUAGCUAUAAAAACAAUCCCAAACUUCUGAAUCAGUUGCAGUAUGCGGAAGAUAAUGGAAUUCCACUGGUCGCAUUGAUAGGUGAAAGUGAAGUGCAAGAAGGUAUUGUUAAGCUCAGGAAUACCAUUACACGUCAAGAAGAAACAAUUAAGAGGGAGGACUUUAUAUCUGCUGUUAAGGAAAGGUUAAAAUAAUUUAUUUGGGGGAGUUUACUUUGGUGUGAUUUAUUGAUAAAUUAUGCAAUAUAAAA